UGCGAAAGGCCGCCUCCCAUUUCCCCCUCACAUCUCGGCUCGUCACAUCUCAUCCCUCCCCCCCCGUCUCGCUCUCGCUCUCUGCGUUGGAGGCCAGGCCAAGGCGAGGGAUUUGGUUCGCGAGCUCCUCCACGUCGUCGUCGUCCUCGGCCCGCCCGCCGAUCUCGCCAGCGCCGCCGCGGCGGAGAUGCAAUAAUCCUAGGCGAGGAGCAUAUUCAGGAGUCAAGACAGAAAGGGCAUUAUACGCUGGAGGAACAUUGUGUUGGUGGUAGCUGAGGUUUCUGCACAUUCAUAGAUGGAGAGAUUAAGCACCAACAAGCUCUACAGUUCUGGAGUUCCUGUAACUGUGCCAACAUCUCUGCCUUCUAUACCGGCCUCUCUGGAAGAGAGCUUCCCAAGGCUUCCGGAUGGGCAGAAUGUUUUGAUAGAGAGAGAAAUGAGGAACACAGCAACUCAUCAAACCACUGUUGCUCCUAUCCGCAGCCAGUUUCACUCAAGUACUGGAUCUGUCGGGCCUUUGUGUUCGCCCCCGGCUGUAAGGUUCUCGUCGGUUUCAAACCCUGAGCAAUACUCCAAUCCCGCUCCUUACAAUUCCCAGGCACCAACUACUGCAAGUUCUUCAACGUUGAAUUAUGGAUCACAGUAUGGAGGCUUUGGACCAUCCUUAACUGAUUUUCCUAGUGAUGUCGAACCAGCCUGGUGCUCUGAUCCAGUUGAGAGCAUUCUUGGAUACUCUGGUGAUGUCCCUGCUGGAAAUAAUUUGACUGGGAGCACUUCCAUUGGAGCUUCAGAUGAUCUUACUAAGCAAACUGAAUGGUGGACUGAACUUAUGAAUGAUGAUUGGAAGGAGAUUGGUGAUAAUCCAGCGUCUGCAGAAACUCAACAGGUUGGACCACCUGCUCAAUCAUCCAUCUCAGUUCACCAAUCAGCUACCCAACAAACAGUUUCAUCUCAAUCUGGAGAACCUUUGGCAGUUGUGGCACCCUCACCCAGUGCUGGCUCCAAUACUGCCAAGGCACGCAUGAGAUGGACUCCUGAACUUCAUGAGCGCUUUGUAGAUGCUGUCAAUCAACUUGGUGGCAGUGAAAAAGCAACUCCUAAGGGUGUGCUGAAGCUGAUGAAGGCAGACAAUUUGACCAUUUAUCAUGUAAAAAGUCACCUUCAGAAGUACAGAACAGCUCGAUACAGACCAGAAUUAUUUGAAGGCUCUUCAGAAAAGAAGGUAGCAUCAAAAGAAGAUAUACCAUCUAUUGAUUUGAAAGGGAGUUUUGAUCUCACUGAAGCACUUCGUCUCCAGUUAGAACUUCAAAAGCGGCUUCAUGAACAGCUUGAGAUUCAAAGAAGUUUGCAGCUAAGAAUUGAGGAACAGGGGAAAUGCCUUCAAAUGAUGCUGGAACAGCAGUGUAUACCAGGGACAGAAAAGGCAACUGAUGCUUCAACCUCAGCAGAAGGAUCGAAGUUAUCUUCCGAGACUCCAGAACCUUCUGCUGUGAAGGAAGUUCCAGAAACCAGUAAAAAUGGACCAUCCAAGCAAACAGAAUCAGGUGAUACCCAAUGAAGUUGCAAGCAGGUUCUCCCCAACCUGGCCAUGAAAUGGGUGUGGUUGUUUUCAAGCUUAAGUCAAGUCGUUUUUGUCCUUUCGAGGGAACAGAUAUGAACAACUUUGCGAAGCCUGGCCAAGUGCGUGUAACUAGGCGUUAGUUGUACAGUACCCACCAUCACGGUUCCGAUGAAUCCCGUGCUAUGUGGAUGAUGUAGGGUUCAGAAGACAGCGCAAGCACAAUUGUCAGGAAUUUGACAUUCUUGCCUUUUUCUCCUUUGUUAGGGAUCAAGUGGCAUCUGCUAGGCAUUUGAUUAUGGGCUAAUCCAAGUAUUCACAAUAAUAUUCAGCACCUCUCUUUGUUUAGAACAUAGCAUGGUACCCAAAUAUGAUCAAGGAUGUAUUACCUUUGUAUGAGAAUCAUGGGCCGCACUUCGGUUCUGUUGGAUGAUCGCUGUGGUGGAGAAUUGUUCUCGUGAAUGAUAGUAGAGGAUUUGGGGUGACC